ACUUGUUUGGAAAAUACACUUAUUUAAUAUUUAUUUAUAUGCCGCUGGGAGUAUUUCGAGUAACACAAAGAUAAAAAAACAUUGGAUCAUGUAUUACUUACGGAGGCGCCUGGUGGACUAUGGACCUUGGUAUUUGGGACAAUAACGUGCAUUCCAAUUCGUUAAUGAGGAUUUAGGUAAAAGUGCUUCAUUUACAUGGUUUUGUAACACCGAUUGAAAUAGAUAUCAGACCCAUGUAGCAUUCAAUGAUGAAACAAACGUUGAUCCCUGAUCCCAGGUCCUUGUCCUUAGAACUAUUCAGUAUUGUCGAGUAUGUCGAACUAAAUAGCCGCUUGAUACUAAAAUGGCGCUGAUAUUAAAAGGAACCGUAAGAUUGUACUAUUAUCUAAAUGAAGAAAUCAUAGAUGAGAGAACCAGAGAGUGGCCCCUCAUAGGUUCACCAUGGCCUGGCCUGUGUCUCCUCUUGUUCUACCUGCUACUGGUGCUGCGGUUACUUCCCAACUACAUGAAGAACAGAGCGCCCUACGAUCUACGCGGUGUUAUAGGAUUAUAUGACGCAGUCCAGAUAUUGUCGUGUGUAUAUGUUGUUUAUCAUAGCUUACGACUGGGCUGGCUCCGUCACUACUCCCUGGUGUGCCAUCCCGUGGACUAUGAGCCGGACAGUCUGGAGUACGCCUGGAAAGUCUGUUAUGGUUACUUUGUGAUCAAACUGAUGGAUCUGUUAGAUACGGUAUUUUUUGUUUUGCGUAAGAAAAACAAUCAAGUAUCAUUCCUUCAUGUUUACCACCAUUUUGGUAUGGUUGCCGUUGCAUGGGGCAUGGUGAAAUGGGUGCCAGGUGGUCAUAUUACGUUUCUGGUGCCUGUCAACUCCGUCGUUCAUAUAAUCAUGUAUAUUUACUACUUUUUGACUACAUGGGAUGAGUCUUACAAGGAGUCCAUUUGGUGGAAGAAGCACGUUACUCAAAUACAAAUUAUACAGUUCACAAUACUUCUGACACACUUCAUAACGCUGGCUGUGGCAGCAGAUUGCCCGUUCCCGCGCACCCCCGCCUAUAUACUGAUCCCACAGAACCUAUUCAUGGUGAUAUUGUUCAGCGACUUUUACUACCGCGCAUACAUCAAUAGUAACCAAACGAAGAAUAAAUAGGGCUAUUUCCUUAAGUAUACACUGAACUAAAAUAAUUAAGGCCUGUUAUAAAAUAAAUAUGCAUCAUUUAUUUACUUAUUCAUGUAAUUGUUUGUUUAAUUAGGUAUUUAUUGGAAAGACUAGGAAACAGAUAAACUAAGUGUUCCGUAAGAUGUAGGUAUAUUUUUAACUACGGAACUCUAUGUACUUUUUAAAACUUUUGUAAGAGAAGCAUUUUGUUUGUUGAUUCGCAUGGCAGCCAUUUUAGGAUAAGAGACAGCAAUAGUUCUGUCCGUGGUGAUAGAUCAGCCCUAAAAGAGCUGGCAUUGUCGUGCUUCACACCUGGCUCACCAUCCUUAUAAUGUAGGUAUUAUUCAAAUUCCACAAGGCCAUAUGGAAGAGCAAGUUGCUGAUGGAUAAUCUGAGCUACUUGGUCAUGUCUGACCAGAUACUAUUCAUUGACAAGAUCAGAACAAUCUGAUUUAAAUUUCUCUUGAACUCACCAGAACUGUUGCACCCUCGACAUAAUGAGUAUGUGCGGCAUUUCGUGCCGAUGCAUUUUCGGUAGCCAUUUGUAAACAAAUAAUUUUGUAAGCAAUCCGUGGAGCGUGUGAAGCGGUACUAUAAUACGUCAAAGUUAGCUGGAUUAUGGUUCAGAUUCAGAAGGUGCCCGGGCGCCGGCGUACAUUUUUUUUAAAUUUAGUUUAGACAUUUUAGUAAGUAAGUUAUUUUUAAGUAAGAUAAAAUUUUUAUGUAAGGUAAUAAAAUAUUUAAUCAUC